UUUAGUUUUUAACCGUAGAAAUUUGUAGCGGAUUCAGAUCAUGGUGAAUUCUAAUGCUUUGUUUUGGUUGAUUGACUUUGACAUCCUUAGGGUCGCUGCUUCUCUUCUAGAAGUAGCAGCGAAAAAAAAAAACAUAAUGAAGGCACAGAGUGCAGCACAGGCGGUGGUCACCGAAAGCAUGCUAGCCAACGUGAGUUCCGGUGGUCCUAGGUGAGGCUUGCAGCACGUCCGCAUAGUGACCAUGUCGCUGGGUCAACGGAGGCACCGGGAGAUGCAUUUUCAUGUUGGUCUCUGGUUGCUUGCUGCGACGACGGUGCGUAGAGCAGUAGCCGGCGAUUAUGUCCCGCGUGCCCACGACCAUGUCACUGAAGAGGAGAAAUUCUGCGCAGAGCAGAUGCCGUAUCUCGUGAUCGGCAGUGGCGGACAGGCAGACAACGACGAUGAGGCACAUGACGCAGAAUUCAAAGCUUAUUUCGCCGCUCUAUCACCGGCUAAGGAUCCACAUGUGGAGAUUGGGAGCAAGUCAGCCACAUCAACUCCAUUACCAGAGCUUCCCAACCAUCCUCCUUCGUAUUCCUUCUGUCGACCGCAUCUCUUACGCGCCUAUCAUCGCAACGCCUUACCGGGAUACGAGUAUGGGAGUGAGGACUGUCCCUACUGGGCCCAAAUGGCAACGCCUGACCGCAAAUUCUUCCGACGUUUGAGUUUCGAGCACCUCUCUCAGUUUCGUUUGAUGGAACCUUGGGACCCGCCACUAAGGUUCGAUAAGAAGGAAAGCGAUCAAACCUUUGCUGUCCGCAGUGCUGGCACAACUACUACUACAAGUACCGUCGAAGAAGAAGUUGUGUCUUCAGACAAUGGAAUUUCAUCAGAUGAAGAGUCUUCAACAUCACCGAAAACGUCAACUGUCAUGCUUUAUAUCGGCGCUUUUCGGAAUGGAACAGACGGCAUGCACUUCGCUGCUCAACAUCCCGAAUUGGAAGUUCAUUUUUUUGAACCAUCGAACGACUUCUUUCAAGACCUCGUGACGCAUGUUGCGAAGGACAAAGGAGUCGACUCCACAGGAGAGAUGAAACCAGAAAACUUCAAAGAGGAGCAUGACCAACAGAAUUAUGACGGUAAAGUGACUAAAGCUAGACUUGAUAUCAGUUUUUUCUGAUGAAGAUCGAGUUCGAGCAGAGCCUGGCCUUUCUUGAUUAUUUUUUUCCACUGGACGCUAUCUCUAAUAAGAGCGAAGGCUGUUCUUCCACAAUUACGGAGUGGGUGCGAAAACCGAAGUACUGCAACUUGCUCUGGGCGCCGAUGGCAGCACUACCGAUAACGCUGGAUGGAUGCAGGCGCACGGUCACGAAUUUGAUAAGAUGGAAAGCGUACUAACUACUUAGUUUAUUUAACCUUUCUUGUAGUCUUGCAUUCAUUGUGUAUUUUCAGUUCUGAACAGACACAGACUGUGACUGAUGAGUUCUGUAAGCUCUAGUUGCGACGUAGAACUAGAAGCUGCGUUGCCACCAACACCAACUCUCCCAAAAUCCUACAUCCACUCCAGAUUUUGAUAAAGUCGGUCGAUGAGAUGUUUCGGUCGGUUGCGCGCUUGGGCCCUCCUAAAAAGCGCUACGAGAUCCUGCACAUCAAUUGUGAGGGUUGCGAGUAUCAAGUGCUCCCUAGCUUGAGCUUUGGGACACUGUCGUCAAUCCCGCAUGUGCAAUAUGCUUCACACAUGAUGGACGUUUCUAUGGCUGAGGUGCAUCAGGAUCUUGCAGCGCAGGCAGCGGCUGCAGAAGCAGAGGCUAGAAAGGUACAAGAACAAAAAGGCGUACUAGAAUCUUCUUCUUCAAUAUCAGGAGAAUCGUCUACAGUACCAACCUCAGAACCAGUGGAGGUUAACAUUGACCACAUGACACUUCUCUACACCUUGCAUGGGCGGAAGCUAACCAGGACGUUAUCGAACAUGUGCCGCGCGCACAACUGGUUGUCGAACACGCAUCGGCGAGUUCAAGGACUCCCCUUCAUCUGGGAACGCUGGGUGCGAAAGUGCCACUGGGAAGAGGUGGACAUGGGAGAAAUCAAUCUUCCUCCCAGGUUGGACAGUGCUGGGGUAAGUGGUGGCGAAGGAGAAGGAAACGAAGCCACCUUCUCUGCGCCUGCUUCAUCAUCCUCUUCUAGUACGCCAGAGAAGCAAGGAGUUGUUCUUGUUGCUGAGACCAAACCACCAGGCGUGCACCUGGUCGAUUUCACGAAUGAGGUCGCAUCCAACCUGUUUGGGCGCAGAAUGCAGGAGAAGCAAGGGGAGCAAGAGGAUGCUGAAGGCGCAAAGCUUGGCACUCAAGGAUUACCACACUCCUUCGAAGUGUUCGCCAACGCAUGCGCCAUGACCAUCUGCAAUAAUGGAGGCCUUACGCCGACAGGACAACUUGAAUACUACUGGGGCUUCACGUUCGAGGAAGAUCCGGACAAUGGCAUGGCACGCUGCUUCGGGAUCAGUCACAAUGAGGCUACAGUAGAAUGGGAAAGUGCUCGAGGAGUUCAUCGGGAACGAGGAGAUGAUCAAGAUGAACAUGGAAAAGAAGUAUCAGCUACAACCCCUUCAUCAAGUAGUAGGAGAACCUCGAGGAUCGAUGCUUCACCUAGAAAUAGGGUUACGAUGCGCUUUUUAGUGCCACCUGAAGUAGUAAGUGAAGGAGAAUUCAAGGAAAAAUCACGUAGAGCGAAACAUGCUGAUCCGUAGCUGUAUUCCACGAGCAAAGGUGGUCGAAGGUGUUCGAGAGUCCUAGUUUUACAAGACGC